AGGCACCUGAGCUGGGGGAGGAGGAAUCCCAGCAGAAGGAAUAUAGGAAACAGAAAUGAUUUUCUUAAAAAAUUGAGGAAAUUAUUUACAGAAGCAAAGAUGUGUAUGGGUCUUUAAGAACUAACAUUCUGUCUAUUAAUUUAAAAUUUGAAAAGAGUAUACAUCUCUUGGAAGAUGAGUAGUGAUCAUGACCUGGACAAGAACAGAUGUUUUGUGCCACGAGUUACUAUCUCUGAACAGACCAGCAGGAAAAUGAGAGACUAACACACCCAGUAGGCAAACAGGGUGGCCCCGGGUGUUUGUUCAGGCUGUAUAUAUGCUUAGCUGCACUGAGUCAGCUGUCGAUUAGCAACCCGUGAGCCUAGAAACAGGGACUUCACUCCCGAGCCGCAUCGGGGUUCACAUGUUUGAUUGUUGGGAGCUGUGUUGACGGGGUGCAGACAAAAUGGGGCAGAAACCCUCGCAACAGCUGGCCCAGCAGGACGGCAAGGAGGCGCCCUGCGUCUGUGACGUGGUCAGUGAAGCCGUGGUCCAUGCUGCCCGGAAACUGCAGGAGUACCUGGGAUUUGAAUAUCCACUGAGUAAGCUCUGCCCGGCCGUGGACACCCUGAAUGAGAUCUUCUUAAUCCACUUCAUCACCUUCUGCCAGGAGCACGGAGUUGGGGAGUGGCUUACCACCAGCAAGAUGACCAAGCACCAAGCCCUGCUGUUUGGGGCCGACUGGAUCUGGACCUUCUGGGGAUCCGAUAAGCAGGUGAAGCUUCAGCUGGCCGUGCAGACGCUGCACAUGGCCUCCCUUCCUCUGCUGGAGCCCCCGCUCUGCGACCUCUCCCACCCAGAGCCAACGCCCGAGGAGUCCCUGGGGAAGACAAACCGCUUUCAGAAGCUGCAUGAGUUCUGUACGUUGAUAGGGGAGGAUUGUCUGGGCCUCUUUCUUGUCUUUGGUGUCCCUGGGAAGCCACAGGAUGUCAGAGGGGUGAUCCUGGACAGUGUCACGAGUGAGAUGGCCGGGAGCCACCUGCCGGGCCGGGAGGCUGUGAUCCGGUUCGUCCUGGACACAGAAGAGUGUGUCCCCAUCAGACAGCUGCUUGGGAGCUGCCUGAGUACGAAAGACGGGCUGAGAGAGGUGGGCAAGGCUUACGUCAGCAUCCUCUGAAUGGUGUGUGUGCGACAGACCUGGCCUGGCGGGUGGAAAGAGGCGUGCAUUGUGUUCUAAGAAGCUCAUCGGUGGGUGGCAUUCUGGCAUGGGACCUUUUUAUUUUUACCCUCUCUCAUGGACAGUGGUUAUCUGGGCCACAGCAUGUCAUAGUUUGUGAAGAGAAAAGAACCCUGGCCGCAUUUCAGGAAGAUUGCUAAUUUAAUCUUUCACUCAGGUGUUCCAUAAGAAAGUGGAAGGAGAGGAUAAUAAAGUUAUGUUGAAAGUUUGAUUUGAAAAGAAAAAAAAAAACUCUGUCCUUCUUGGAAAUGGUUAAGUCUAGCACUAAAAAGUGUGAAAUGUGUUUUCACUGCUGUUGGUGGAAAGUGAGCAGGGACAGUGGUAGGAGAGGCUACAGAGUGGGUUUCGUUCCAUUGAUGAUGCCACUUUAUUUUAUUUUAUUUGAAAGAGUUAGAGAAAGAUCUUCCACCCACUGGAACACUCCCCAGACACCUGCAACAGCCAGGAGCCAGAAGCUUCUUCCAGGUCUCCCACGUGGGUAGCAGGGGCCCAAACACUUGGGCCGUCUUCCACUGCUUUUCCCAGGCCACCAGCAGCGAGCUGGAUUGGAAGUGGAGCAGCCGGAACAUGAACUGGCACCCAUGUGAGAUGCUGGCAUCACAUGCAGAGGCUUUACCUGCUGCACCACAACACAAGCCAAAGAUACCACUUUCCACUCCGGACUUCUCAGUGAGCUUCGCACCACUCUUUCCCUCUAACUCUCCCUCGCUCCUGCCUCCUCCCAUGUUGCUUUCUCUGCAAAGAUGAGACAUUGGUGGCAUUUACUUGGGAAUCCACUUGUGUCAGUCACCCAGAAAACAACUGCUUGUAGCAAUAGUUGGUGUUCAUUUAGCAUCUGUAAUAUUCACACAUAAUGACCGUUUUUGCUUAAAAACCUGUGUGGAAUUUAGCAGUUCAAAGAGGAAUCACCAGUAUUUCUUAAACUGCUAUGGCAGGCCAUGGGCUUCCCGUGUACGACCAUGGCUUAUGUAUCCCUCCAAAACUUGAAGAGGUGUUUGUUUCUUCUUGACCCAGCAGAGAGGCUAAAUCAUUCCUAAGACAAUUACGUGGCUUGUAACCAAAAGCGGGGUCUGUCCAGUUACAAAGCCCAUCUCUUUUCUUGGGUCACUUAGAGAAAAUUGACACUAAGCUACUGUAGUUACUGAGACGGCAGAGCUGUGCACCUGCCAAGGAUCGGGCUGGUUGCUGUUGCUUGUUCUUUCACGUCUUGGCCUUAGUCUGCUGUUGAAUCUUGAUUCAUAGAGGUGCAGCUGUUUGAAAACAUGGGCCAAAUCUAAAAUGCACCCAAACUCUUAAAUCACUUGUUGGGGCAUGUGGUGCAGUGGUUAAGCCGCUGCUUGGGACACCUUUGUCGCUGUGUCAGAACCUGCCUUUGAUUCCUGGCUCAGCUCACCGCUGUUGCACACCCUGGGAGGCAACAGGUGAUGGCCCAAGGAGCUGCAUGUCUGCCAGCCAGGUGGGAGACUUCGAUGGGAUUCCUGGCUCCUGCUCCUGGCUGUGGCCUCACCUAGUCCUGGCUGUUGCAGGCAUUUGAGGAGUGAAUCAGAGGAUGUUAUUAAAAAAUAACAAUGACAUUUUCUGUUUCUGCUGUCUUUCCAUGGCCUUGGCACAUGAUGUAUUUUGGAAUUUUCCAAUUCCUGUGUGGCUGAAUUAAGACAACAUGUCCGCUGUAGUACAACAUAAGCUGGCUGUUCUUGAAGUUAAGAAAUACAUAUUGCUGCUGUGAUGCGUGUGACAAACUGUGGCAGGCACUCUUGUGUUUUCUGUGCUACAACAUCCUUUUUAAAAUGCUGAUCGCAAGCCACUAGAUGAACGUCAGGACUACUAACAGGUCCCAGACGAGAGCUGUGGGAGGGUGGGGUCCCGGUCCCCCUGUGUGUGCUUGUCAAGUCUUGGGCUGAGAGUUCUCUCGUCCCCGACACCCACCGUCCCCCUUCUCUGCCUUACUCUGGGCUCCCCUGCCCCCUGGCUCCCAGCCAGCAGUGCCCAGGGGAGCAGACCACAUCCGAGGGAGGAGAUCCCGGAUUCUGACCAGCUCUUGGUUUGGACAGCUCCCUGCCAUUUUCCUGACGGUGGCUGAUCCCCUUGAACCUGGCCUGUGCAGGCAUCGUCUCUCCUCCACUGAGCCUUUUGGAGGGUGCCAAUUGAUUUCUUUUGGAGCAACAGCCACACUGAAAUCAAGAAGACCCGCAGUGCCCAGGACAGCCACCUAGGUCCGCUCUGAUUCUUCCUCCAUUCCAGUACACAGGAUUCACAGGAGCUGAGGGCGCGUCGCUGACUCCAGCCUAAAUCUGUCCUGAUGCGCCGGUGCCCGUUCUGUGCUCUGAGCCAAGCACUCAUUUAAACAGGCCUGUCAGCAGUAAGGAGCUGCAGCCCCCAGACCCUUGCUCUUCACCUCCACCAUGGUGGGAAUCACGUCUUCCUGACCAUGAUGAAACGCCUCAGGCAACUUUCUCUACAGGGUUGCAUUGAUUUACUUAGAGGGAGGUUCAAGUCCAGGAUGGAGCGGCCAUGGCCACAUUGUGUUGGCCUCUGCUGAGAGUGGUCAUUGGUGGUGGCAGAGCCCCUACCGAGGAGGGGUCACGUGAGCCAGGAGAGGGAGAGAAGGAGAGACCAGCUCAGGCUUCUGUAACAAGACCCAGCAACCUAGGCAUCUCCUGCCACCGCACCCACAACGGUUCCAUCACCACCCUGUAGUGCCACUCUGGGGAUGAAGCUUUUAACACGUGGGCAUUGGGGGGCUGCCCAGACCAAUGUCCAAGCCAUAGCAGCACCCCAAGUCCUUGGGGAACCGGAGGAAGGGAGCUGCCAUCCCCGUGCUGUCUGCUCACUUCGGGAAAGGGGAAGAGGAGGCCAGUGCUGUGGUGCAGUGGAUUAAGUCUCCGCCUGCGACCCCAGCAUCCCAUACAGG